UCGCCAUGCAGAAGAGCACAGUUCGGUUUAUUCUGUUGGCAGUCUGCCUGAUCUGUCCAUCUUGGGGAGCUUCAUCAGCCUCAGCGGAGGACAAAUCAACAAAAUCUUUGAGCAUAGAUGGAGUCCAAAAGCAGAACUUGAAGCUACUGACUGAACAACUUAAUCGCGGCUGGCGGGCUUUCUGUGAUGCCCCCGUGGACGAGGGUGUCAUGUCUCUCUUCCAGGGCAUCAAUCCCAGCGAUGCCCGCCUUCAUGUGAUGACUAUUACCAACCAAAGCGUGGAGCUGCCCAUCAAGUCCAUAUCCCAGCUAAAGGACUUCGACAUCAGUCCGGAACGGAAGACCCUUGUCUACGUGAAUGCCUUCCACACCGCCGAUAGCUACUUCAGUGUCCAGGAGCACUUGACCCUGCUCCAGAAUAGCCGCAGGGAUCUCAAUGUGAUUGUGGUGGACUUUGCCAAGGAUGUGGCCCAGCUGUACUAUGCAGUACGGCAUCAUCUCUCCGUGGAUGGUUACUUUGUUUAUAAGCUCAUCAGAGCUCUUAAGGAUGCAGGUAUAGCGGCGCAGGACAUUACCCUGGCAGGACAUUCGGUGGGUGCGAAUAUUGCCGCUUUGGGAGCAAAACUUUUUGCCAAGGAAACCAAACAGUUGGUGGGACAACUGAUAGCCAUAGAUCCGGCCACAAUGUGUCGCACCACCGACAUUCUGGUGAAGCAGGGAGUAGCCUCAAGGGUGGUGACCAUCCACGGCGAGGGCGAUGUGUUUGGUGUGAGGGUGCCUCUGGGUCACAUUGACAUUUAUCCCAAUGGGAUAGGGUACUUCCCAAGGAGGAAACUUCAGCCCGGGUGUGAGUCCAAGGUCUGCAGUCACAUGUAUCCCUUUGUGCUCUUCAUGGAGGCUCUAAUUGAGGGCGUAAUGAUCCCGGCCACCAAAUGCGAUAGUUGGGCCAAGUUCCGGCAGGGCGACUGUAAUUACCAGAACACCAUCAAUAUCGGUCUUAUAUAUCCAUCUACAGCCAAGGGUCUAUACUUUUGUUUGACCCAACCGAAUCCUCCUUUUACCUAUAUGGAGCAUGGUCUUCGCUACAAGACAAGACGUCCUGAGAAGUCUGUGAACCCCAAGUCCUCUUAGGUUUUUAGUUUUAA